AUGGAUAUGACCGCGACGGACAGCGUGAACUCACACAGGUGGUAUGAAUCCCCCAGGCUGAACCUACAUCAAACGGGUAGUCCUAAUUUAGGGGGUCAGAGCAUGAGCAGCGGGAUAAUAGAUCCGAACCAAACAACAUCGUCCGGAAUAUUGAAUAGUGAAGUGAGACAAAAUAGUUUAGGUAUUGUUGACGGGGUUCACGGUGAAAUGUCUUCGGCCGUUGUCGAACACAUGAACAAUUUUUUCGCCCACCAUCACGGAGGACUAUCGUCGGGUGACGCACAGGGUCAUAGAGCCGCUGCCGCUGCUAGAUAUUACCAUCAAAGCAUGCACACGCCUUAUGCCGCUGCUAGUCACGGGAUAUUAAAUUUCAAUUGA